GAUUGAUCAUACACUCAAAGAACCAAAAGGAUGACAGCAGAGUUAGCCAUACCAGGGCAAGUCAACUUGGAUGCUCCAAGAUGGGAUCAGUCCACUUUUUGGGGACGUUUCAAGCAUUUUUUUGCAAUUACAGACUGGAGGAAAGCUCUUUAUAGCAAUUCACAGCUAGAUAAAGCAAAGGAAACUGUGGAAGAUUACAGGUACACAUAUGUCAAAAUGUUAGCAAAUAAGAUAUCUAGGGAGUUAUUUUCAAUGACUGUUAAAUUUUGAAUGGUAUUUGCACAGCAUAGCCAAAAGACCUGGCAGUUUUUUACCUCUAACCCAGUUUGAUUGAGAUAUGUUUUCUGUGCCAGGGACUGGCAACAUAUGACUUGAUCAUCAAAUUUUAUAUAUAGAUGAGGGAUAAAUUAUUUAUGAACUCAAAAUUAAUUGCUUUGACCCUUUAAAUCUAGUUUUAGAAAAAGUAACAAACAAAUAAAUUACCAUACAUGUAUUUAUUACCAGUUUGACUUAAUUGACUCAUGCUUGAUGUUUACAAAUAACUUACAGACAAGGUAAGACAAACAAAGUGUCUGUUGAAGAGCUGUGGUAUGCAAAACAUUUGGUGGACUCUGCAUUCCAUCCAGAUACUGGUGAGCGAAUGAAUUUCAUGGGUCGUAUGUCCUUCCAGGUACCUGGUGGAAUGGCAAUAACAGGGGCCAUGUUGCAGUGGUACAGGUCAGUAAAAUGCUUUUAGUCAUGUAGGAGGCCAUCACAUUCAAAUCUGCACCAUCAUUGCCUCUCUAUCCCCCCCCCUCCAUCACACAAGAGAAGCCUCUGGAAUGACAAACCUGCUUUUGCCAUGCCCUAUCCAUAUACUCAGAAUAGGUUCUUGCCAUACCCUCAUCUUUACCUGCAAGUCCAAAAUUCAAUAGAACUUUUUGAGCAGAAACUGUGAUUUUACAUAAAAAAAAAAGAAAACUGUUUGAGGUCCUUUUACAUUAUUAUUGAAAUUUAUGAUUUUUGACAGGACUGUCCCUGCUGUUGUGUUCUGGCAGUGGAUCAAUCAAUCAUUCAAUGCCUUAGUAAACUACACAAAUAGGAAUGCUAAAUCAACAGUCACAGGAAAGUAAGUGGAUGUGUUAAUUGGUAAAUAAUGACAUCCUAUUUAUCAAGCUCAGUAUCAAUACAUGUAUUAUCCACUCUCCAUGUUCUCUAUACAUUUCCUUUGGUCCUGGCAAGGAGAAUUUGAAAGCCUCUUAAGGUGUUAAUCAUUUCCUUCACUCUCGUGAUCUUGAUUAAAAAAUUCAGCUGUAUUAUUGUAAGGGGAAUUUUGAUGCUGGUCACUCUAAAGGUUUAAUUAAAAGGUUAAAAAUUUCAUUCUGAGGUUCUGUGGCUCAAUGUUUUUCAUUUGUUCCUUGUGGUGAUUUAAAUUUAUUUGGAUAGUGUACCUUUCAGAUUAGUUUAUUUGGAUUUGUUUCUCACAGUCUGAGAUAAUUAAAUGUAUAGCUGUUUGCAGAAAGGCUGUCAGAAAAAAGUGCAUAAGACAAAUUGUGAAAGGUAAUCUGGGUUUCCAGUAAUCAAUGAAUAUUAAUAUGUGGAACUAGUAAAUAUGGACAAAGGGAUUAAUGAAUAGGGGAUAUAUAACUACAUGCAUGUGAAUAGGAGAGGAACAAAACAAUGGAAUAUUACGUUGUAAACAUUUUUUCUUUAGGUCACUUCAAAUUCGUUCAUGUUGAGUUUACAUUGUUUUUGUCAUUGUUAGGGUCAGUUCAUUCUUCUUUUUGUUUUCAUCAAGUUUAGAAUAAUUUGAAAGUCAGUCUUGUGAACAAAAUAAAUUUAUCAAAACUGCUGUGUCCAGGCCUCUUCCUUAUGGUGAUGUUUCCUCAAAUUUUCCCAAAACCCUGAGGUCAUGCAAGGAAACAAGACUUGAAAACUACCCACAGUACUUUUUGGGGUUGUCCCAUGCACUUUUGUUUUUCUGACAACCUUUUUGCAAACAGCUGUAAAGACAAUAUACAAACUCUGCCCGUAGUUUGAUGGGUUUUUAUUCAUUAAUUUGAAUUAAUAAACUUGUCCACUAGUCCUUUAAAAAGCUUUUCUGCUUUUAAAGACAGAUUGGUAUUGCCUAUGUAUCAGCAACAUCAAGUGCUGUGGCUGUAUCUGUAGGACUCAAUUCUCUCGUAAAGGUAAGGGAAAUGAAAUGCAACAUUCAACUUAAAAGUCAAUAUUCUAGUGAGAAAUUGUAAUGAUACCGCUUUGACCACUGAUUGAUUGAAACCAAUUUAUUGAUUGACUGGAUAUGUUUUAGAAACAGUCCAGGUAUUUUCUUUAGCCUUCUAGUUCACUAAGAAAAGAAAACUGCACUAUCAUAAUUAUUCAUUUCCAUAAUGUUUGUUGUGUAGCCUAUCACAUGAGUUACAAAUCAGAUCUAUAAAUCAUACUGGAUACUGUCUAUUUACUGUACUUGUUCCAAAUACCAUUUUGCCUCCUGCUGUGGUAGAUAAUUGACCUGCUUGCCACUUACAAAUCACCAUAAUUGCUAUUUUCAUUAAACUCAUACAGUUACUGCUUAUUAUUUAUUGGUCACCAAAGAGACUAAAUGUAAAUAUUUAGAAGAUAUUUUCAGUCAUUGCUGACUAAUACAUACUGGUUGUUAUCCAGUCAGCGCCUCCUCUCCUCGCCCGAUGGGUUCCCUUUACAGCAGUUGCUGCUGCCAAUUGUGUAAACAUUCCUCUAACAAGGCAAAGGUAAGCAACAACCAAAUCAUGCAAGGAAGUCUUUAAAACAGUUAAUAGCUAAUAUAUACCAUGGUAAAAAGUUAUCUUGAGGAUGGUGCCAGCCUGUCAAAUAUGAAACUCAAAUGCUCAAAUCUCCUGGGUAGGUUUGUGGCUGUGCUGUAGAAACAUCUGGUCCACUCUUCGUACAACUUGCAGUUGCAGGUUUUUCAUUAAUAAGGGACAUUCCAUAUUUUCAGUGUAGUUCAAUUAGAAAAAAACAAUAGUGUUAUUUUGAUUGAUAGAUUGAUAAGUAAUUGUAUUACACAAUGUCAGUGUGCCAGAAUGUCCAAAUUUUCUGCUCCAUCAUAUCUCAAUUUUAUUUGCAGAGAAAUUUUAGAUGGUAUUUUAGUAUUUGAUGAAAACAACAACCCAAUAGGAAAGUCAAAGAAGGCUGCUGUGAAAGGAAUAACACAAGUUGUCAUCUCCAGAAUUACAAUGGCUGCACCUGGAAUGAGUGAGUUUCAUUUGUGUUAUUUACAGUCAAUGUGACAAACAUUGAUUUAUGAUUUUAUUCAGGAGAAUCUCUAUGUAAGUUAAAGGGUAAGCCCAUAUAUACCCUUCAACCUUGAGCUUGUAAGUUUUCUCAGAGUCUCAUAUAUGCUGGAAUGAAAUGAUGAGAAAUUUCUCAUUGAGCCUAAUUUCCUCAAAAAAGACCUAUAAAGCCUGGAAAUUUGUUGAAAGUUUCUGGAUAAAUAGAACAAUACUGUAUACCUUUGUUCUUGAUGUGUGGCAUAAAUUUCUGCACAGAAAAUAUUUUUUGAGAUAUUCUGCCACAUGUGAUCAAUGUAAUGCUCAACAAGCUAUUACAAAUAAAUGCACUUCUGAACCAUCUUAACCAGAAACUAAUUUUAAAUAUCAAGUAAUAUUACUCACCACUUGUUUUUUUCUGUUUUGUUUCUUUUUUUUACAUGUAUAUUUUAAUUAUUAAGUUAUUAUACCAGUGCUGAUGGAAAAAAUUGAAAAAUACCACUUUAUGCAGGUUUGUGAAUUAAUUUUUUAACUCCAUUGAAAUUAUCAAUGUCUCCAAUGAUUAUAAGAUUGCUAUUUAGUACCUGGUUGCUAAGGAACCUUAACUUAAUCUGGUGCUGAAUAAACUCUGACAAUUCAUCAAGGAUACAAUUUGAGGGCAGGAGAUUGAUAAUUUACAAAGGCUCCUCAUGAUUCAAAAACGUUGUGCCAGAGUAAUUUUAAAUGCAGGCACUGAAAGAUCAGUCGGCCUUUUUAAGAGAUUUGUUUGGAUUCCCAUUAGUGACAUAAUAGAGCAAAGGAAAUUGUGUAUUAUACAUAACAUUAUCCAUGAGAAAUGUCCUGAUUACUUUAAUCAUUAUAUUCAUUAUGUUAAAAAGAGACAUCGUUCCACAACUCAGGUGUCAACUAAUAUGGACUUAUCCACACCUUUCUUUAGCACUAUGACUGGCAAAUGUUCAUUCCUUGCAAGUGGCACUAGAUUAUGGAACAACCUAGACAGUGCCACUAGGGGUCUCACUUCCCUUUGUAAAUUUAAAAAUCAACUAUAUAAGAAAUAUAUAGAUUGGAACUCCAGAGUUGACAAUUUUACUAUAAGCAGAAAUUUUUAAUUAAUUUUUAAUUUUUAACUGUAUUUUUACUUUGUAUUUUUGCUAUUUGAAUUUGAAGUUUUAGUGGACCACAAUGAGAACUACUGGUUCUACCAGUAAUUGUGUUAUCCAAUGAAGUCAUUAUUAUUAUUAUUAUUAAAAGUAAAGGGAGGAAAUCUUUCCCCCUUGCCCAUCCUUUGAAACUCUCUGCCAGAUUGCUGCUAAUUUUCUCUCUGCUAUUAAUUUUUUUUUGCUUGACUCCACGGUCUAAGGUUUUAGUGUCUAGUAUGAAAUAGAGGUGGAUAGAGAGUCUUGUAUAUCCAUAUUAUCCUCUAGUUUGGUAAUUAUGUUUUAUUGCAAGCUAAUUUACAGUAGUGUUCCAGAUUUCUAGGUUUUCUUUGUUUGUCUCCCCAUUAUAACUUGCUCAUUAGCCAUGUUCUUUAGGCUAGGAGGUUCCUCUUUUUUUUUUGGCAAUAGUAUUCAAUCAUUGCUUCCUCUUACAGAAUUGCCCCUUGUAUGGGAAUUUGGGAUUUUUCUUAGAAGAUAAAACUAUCACCAUCAAACCACAAUGCCUUAUCAACAUUCCAAUACUUUACUCUAAAGAGAAGUAUACACCAUUUUGUUUGUUUGUUUUUUUUAUGUCUUGUACACCAUUUGAAAGUAGAAAAGAAUGAUGACACUGACAGUGUAUGAAGUUUCUUUUAAAGCUAUCAGAUCUGAAAUCAGAUUUAACACUAACCCUGGGUUAUCUUAACCCAGUUAUGAACAACAGGGCCCUGGCCUCUGGCCUGUUACUUAAAAAAGUCUCACUUGAUCCUCUUUCAAUCUCUUGGUGACCUGCUUGGACACUUAAAAGCUAUACGAAAGACAUUCAGAACUCAAAUAUUGACUAUUUUUUGCUGUAAUCAAUGGAGAGCAUGUGAGCAUGUGCCUGUGAACUGCAUAUGUGGUUUGCAUGUGUGGCUAGGUUACUGAGUUGUUUUCAGAAUAUCAACAUCCUGAGUUGAAUUAUAAGCACACUUGUAGACAAUUUACAAAUGGGUAACAUGGUAAGAAGGUAAUUAUUAUUAAUAAUUAUACUAUUAAUUUUUUUAAGGGGGUGGAAAUGAAAAUUUAACAUGUGGUUUCUGGAGCAUUGUGUUCUGUUGACAGAGCCUGCUCCUAUUUAUCUGUUCAUAUGUGGUACUGAUUAGAACUGCAUGAAGAUCUGAUGAAUUAAAUUCCUAAGGUUUUUCAGAAAUAUUCUACUCUACAAAGGAAUGCUUGAAAAAAUUUUGUUUGAAGUUCUGAUAUAAAUUUGAGUUUCAUUUUAGCUUUCUGUUCUGAAUUUUUCUUGUUUAACAGCGUAUCAAGCCUAUGCAUGGUCCUAUUCAGAUGUUGCUGUGUGGUGUGAGGUGAUCAAUCUUUCUAUAGAUCAUUUCAGAUUGUUUCUAAUCUGAAGUGAUACUGUGAUUUAUUUUUUAACUCAGUAGUACACUUCAAAACUGUUUUCACUACAGAACUAAAUUAUUUUAGAAAAAGCUUUCUUUUGGAUGGGUCACAAAGAAUUCUCUAAUCAGUGCCCCAUGGGCUCAUCACAGCAAUGAUUUUACAAAGUUAAUUAAUGUUAUGACUGCUGCAGAAGAGGAAUACAGGAGAUUCUGCAGUUUAUUUUAAGUCUUGUUGGGUCACACCUCACCUUCAAUUAAUCUCAUCAGUAGUAGUCUCAAUAUUUACAAGUGUGAAAAGCCAAUGGGCAAAUCAUGACAUUGAAAUAGCAUAAUUGAAGAAUGGAACACAUUGGAAAACAUUGGCUCUUUUCAUCAGAAUGUAGUUAGAAUCCAUGCUUAUUUCUUUUUCUAGAAUUUUCAUGUUUCACAUGGAGUUAUUGGGUUCUUACAGAAACUUGAAUUCUUGAGAAAAGUUUGGAAGUUGAGUAAAAGUAUCGAAAAAAGUAUUAAAAAAAGAGAUUUCAAGUCUUAAGAAGUGAAAAGAAUCUGUUAGGUGUGUUUCUAAGCUGCUUAAUCACUGUACCACAGUCUUUACAGUACCACCCUGGAUUAUUCAAUGCAAACCUUUUCUUUAAUUCACUUUAAAUGGAUUAAUUAAAUUCAUGUUUCUACAUUUUUCAGUUUGUGCUUCAUGGUACCAGCUGCCUGUUCACUAUUCCCACAGAGGUGGUAAGUAUACAAACAUGACAUCAUAGCCACAUGUAAUUGUUAGGUCCACAUUAAUGUUUAACAUCACACUGGAAAUAGAGGUGUUAAGAAAGUCUAAUUUGAUGUACUGUAGAACUGUUGUCAGUCAGGUAUUAAUGGUGUAUGUGGAAAGCAUGCCAUUUUUAUGGUAUGUUUAUGUGAGGUUUUCCUCUUUUAUCAUAUAGAAUACUGGUGCACUUGUAUUUUAUGUGGUCUAUUCUUGUAAAUUAUCUUUAAUUUUCAAAUUCUCUUUAAUUCUUGUCUUAGUUCCAUGCCAGUAGAAAAGCUAGAAGUGGAGUUGCAGGAGGUGAUAAGGAAGCGUGAAGGACCAGCUAUAAAAACAGUCUUCUUCAACAAGGGACUUUAAUUUUUCAAUGUUUUCCUAGAGCUGCCUAAAAUAAGAAAUGUUAUUCCAAUACAAUUAUUAAUAAAUAAACACUAGUCCAACUUAUAGUUCUUAGGGUCAUUCAAAUAUCUUGUUAUUUCUGGCAAAAUGACUGGUACUAACAAUUUCUUUAAGUGGCAAAUUACAUUAUGGUGGGGGCUGCUAUUGUGUUGUCAAAGCUGUAACAAAAUGAUAGGGUCUGGUGGCAAAUUGAUGUUUGAAGUGAGUGGUGGGUCAAUGUAAUUAUAUUUUUAUAAGAAGUAGAUUUACCUAAUUAACACCCAUUUAAACCCUUUACAUCCUAACAUCAGUAUACACAUUCUCCAUUCAGUUCUCCAUACAUUUGAUGAUGUACUAAUAAGGAGAAUUAGAUUAAAAGUCAAGAGCUUCUUUAGUUGGUGAUCCUUCCCUUUUUUCUCGUGACAUUAAUGUAUGAUUCAGGGGUUAUAAUGUAAGGAGAAAUUAGAUGCCAGUCACUAUGAGGGGUCAAAGUUUUCAGUUUUUGGCAGAGACUUAUGACAACAAUUUCAUUCAUGCUUAUCAGCCCACUAUUUAAAAAUCUAUGUAUCUAGAAUAGCUUCUUCAUUUAAUUAUUUUUACUUACCAUCAAACCAUGCAACCUUCUAAGUUCUUUUCUUCAAAUAAUUUUGGCAUGUUUCAUUUAUUAUAUGAUUUUUGACCAACAUGAUGACUACAAAUGGUGUUUCAUUGUGUGGGAAUAAACUGUAAGAAAUGGAUUUGUCCCAUUUUCUUGUACUUGCUUGAGUGCUG